UCUCCACCCCUUCAAACUCCCACGUCAAAACAUUCCCUCCACUUCUCGUUCUCUCUCCAUCCUUCUCCUCCUCCUCUCGUCACCAAUGCCAGGAAACAAACUUUUCCCCACAUCCCACGUUCUUGUUCUUGUUCUCUUCCUCCUCCUCAACUCGAGAACCUCGCUAUGCCACACCAAGGGUUUGAGGCCCGGGAACCCGGCCGGGAAGCAGCCGCCGCAGAACGCGACGCGGACCCAGUACUCCGAGCAGCAAUUCAUGAGGUGGGUCAAAUUCGUGGGCAGCCUCAAGCACUCGGUCUUCAGGACUGCCAAGAACAAGCUCUUCCCUUCCUACACCCUCACCGUGGACAAGAACCCCGCCGCCGGCGACUUCACGACGAUCCAGGGCGCGAUCGACUCGCUCCCCUUCAUCAAUCUUUUGAGGGUGGUGAUCAAGGUUCAUGCAGGAGUUUACAAGGAAAAAGUGAUUAUUCCUCCAUUGAAGUCCUUCAUCACAAUUGAAGGCGCGGGGGCAGAUAAGACGAUAGUCCAAUGGGGAGACACAGCACAAACGCCAGGGCCAAGAGGCCAGCCCAUGGGGACUUAUAAUUCUGCUACUUUUGCUGUCAACUCACCUUAUUUCAUAGCCAAGAACAUCACCUUCAAGAACACCACGCCGGUGCCAAAACCGGGCGCAAUAGGGAAGCAGGCGGUGGCGUUCCGGAUAUCGGCGGACACGGCUGCGUUCUUGGGGUGCAGAUUCUUGGGAGCUCAGGACACACUCUAUGACCAUCUGGGCAGGCAUUAUUACAAGGAUUGCUACAUUGAAGGCUCUGUGGAUUUCAUCUUUGGCAAUGCUCUCUCACUCUUUGAGGCCUAUGAAGCCAGCUUUAACUUUUCAAGGACGGCUAAUAGAGUGGGCACUUUGAGUUGUCACGUGCACGCGAUAGCACAACACAUGGGCGCGCUGACGGCUCAAGGGAGGAGCAGCAUGUUGGACGACACGGGGUUCUCUUUCCUCAACUGUAAGGUCACGGGCUCCGGCGCGCUAUAUCUCGGGAGGGCGUGGGGUCCCUUUUCGAGGGUCGUCUUCGCCUACACCUGGAUGGACAACAUCAUCAUCCCCAAGGGUUGGUAUAACUGGGGAGACCCAAGUCGCGAAAUGACUGUGUUCUAUGGGCAGUACAAGUGCAUUGGCCCAGGGGCAAGCUUUGCAGGGAGAGUGUCAUGGUCAAGAGAGCUCACUGAUGAGGAAGCUAAGCCUUUUCUCUCUCUUAGCUUCAUCGAUGGAUCUGAAUGGAUCAAGAUGUAAUAUCACCAUUGGGAUCAAGAUGUAGAAAUCCACCAUUGAUUGCGUCCUAAAUAAUGUUAGAUACGUGUUGAUUCGCUAAAGUGGUAUACGAAAUGACGCCGUCGAUUUUUACU